AUGUCUAUGUUUAUGACUAACCUGCUGUGGUUACUCAAUUAUCACACUCUUUCGUGGAUUCUUCAGUAUGGUGUUUUCCUCUAUGUAGCUGUGUGUAGUGGCUUGUAUAUUAUUCUAACAUUAAAGGCGAUUGAUUUGUAUAAAAGGAAUAUUUUUGCCGGACGCAAAGUUCUGCUGGUAACUGCACACCCAGAUGAUGAAUGUAUGUUUUUUUCACCAGCUAUACUUGAACUGUCACAUUCUAAUUCAGUUCACAUCCUGUGCGUCACUACAGGUAACUACUAUGGCCUUGGGACUGAGAGGAAGAAAGAAAUCCUUGAAAGUGCUAAAGUGCUAGGAAUACCUAAGCAGAAUGUUGAAGUCUUUGAUGACAGCUGUUUCUUAGAUGAUCCACACCAGGCUUGGGAUGUGAGGAAGCUGCAACAGAGUCUUAUGGCACACAUAGAGCAAUUGCAGCCUGAUUAUAUCUUAACAUUUGAUGAUAAAGGUGUGAGUGGCCAUCCAAACCAUAUUGCUGUAUCGCAAGUUUUACGGCAGAUGCUGAAGGAAAGUAGAGCUACUGGACCAAAACCCAGACUGUAUUUGCUGGAGACUGUCUCUCUGGCAAGACAGUACAUCUCAUUCCUGGACCUUCCCCUGAGUCUGCUGACUAAAAAACUCACUUUUGUGUCCAGUUUUUCCAACAUUAUUUGCUCCCAGCGUGCUAUGUAUGCACAUCAGACACAGUUUGUAUGGUUCAGGAUUCUUCAUGUCAUCUUCUCACGUUACAUGGUUAUAAAUACAUUUGUACCUGUUGAAUUGUGA